AUGGCCGAGGUGUACGCAGGGCGCUACCGCUGUGUCUGCCUCAGCGCUGCUGGCUGCUCAGAGCCCAGUGCCGCCCUGGAGCUGGGGAGGACCGGAGCCCAGCAGCCCCUCACACCCCCAGCCAGGCUCCCCCGCUGCCCCAGCACCCAGGACCACACCCUGGAGAACCUCAUCCACAUGGGCGUGGCGGGCUUGGUCCUGCUGGGCCUCAGGCUUCUGCUGGUGGAGGCUUGGUCAGAUGACGUCAUCAGGAAAGAGGUAGUCUUAGGCAUGUGUAAGUGUGCGCCUGCGCAGUCACCUGUCGGUGUGCGUCUGCGAAUCACGUGGCUGGCAGCGCCUGCGCACUCCAAAGUCCCUGUGCGUCUGCCCAGUCGCGUCAUGAUGCGCCUGCGCAGUCCAGAGUCGGUGUGCGAGUGCGCGAGGCCGCCUCAGUGGCCGGGCUGCGACCCCACAGGAGGGGCUGAGGGCGGGGACGACCCCACCCCGGGGCGCAUCAGCCCACCUGAGGGGCGGCUCCGGGAGGCCCGUGUCCUUGGGCUGUGUGCAGGCCCCAGGACCCGAGUGCAGGCAGGGACCCUCCCCAGACCCAGCCUCCGGGCUGAGCCAGGCUCUGUGAUCACCCUGGGCAGGCCUGGAGCCCUGUGGUGUCAGGGGACCCUGGAGGCCCAGGAGUGCCGUCUGUAUAGAGAGAGAAUCCCAGAGCCCUGGGACAGACAGAUGCCCCUGGAGCCCAGAAACAAGGUCAAGUUCUCCAUCCCUCUCAUGGCUGAGGUGUACGCGCGGCGCUACCGCUGUGUCUGCCUCAGCGCUGCUGGCUGGUCAGAGCCCAGUGACACCCUGGAGCUGGGGUCCCUACUUCACAUGACUGCUCCUCCUCUCCCAGGAGCCUACGGCAAGCCCAGCCUCUCGCCCCUGCCCAGCCCCGUGGUGAACUCAGGGGGCAAUGUGACCCUCCAGUGCCGCUCCCAGCUGGGAUUCCACAGGUUCAUUCUGACAGAGGAAGGGGCGCCCUGGGCUGCCAGGACCCAGAGCUCAGAGCCACGCCCUAGUGCGCAGUCCCAGGCCCUGUUCCCUGUGGGCCCUGUGACUCCCAGUCGCAGGUGGGCAUUCCAAUGCUAUGGCUCCUACAGGGAGAAUCCUUCUGUGUGGUCAGAGCCCAGUGACGCCCUGGAGCUGGGGACUGCGUCGCGAGACGAGAGGCUGGGAAGCACACAGUGCGGAGCAGGCCGGGGUCUCCUUCUCCUCACUGUCCUGUGCCUGUUCUCAGGAGGACCAGAGCCCAGCAGCCCCUCGCACCCCCAGCAAGGCUCCCCCACUGCCCCAGCGCCCCAGGACCACACCCUGGAGAACCUCAUCCGCAUGGGCGAGGCGGGCUUGGUCCUGCUGGGCCUCGGGCUUCUGCUGGCGGAGGCUUGGUACAGCCACAGAAGGACCCGGGCUGCAGGCCGGCGGUGACCUGGAGAGAGGACAGAGCUGGGUCAGAGAGGCCAAGCCCUGGAGGCGGGGGAGGGGGGAUCCGGGCAUGCAUGUUGAGAAGCUGUGGGAAGUGGGCGGAGCUAACCUGGGGUUGGGGGAAUCCUGCUCAGGGGCAGGGACCCGGGUGGGCUGCUGGCGGUGCUGCUUCCCCGGGGCUCCCAUGUGCAUUCUGGGAAGGGGCUCCGGCCUCCUGCAGCCCUGCCCACCGCCCUGCAGGCUCCCGUGCGGUUCCGUCCUGUUCCUCUCCAGGGACCGCACACAGCUCAGUGGCCCUGAGUGUCCACAGGAGCCCGGGCCCUGCUGCCCACGGAGAGGGUAACGCCAGGAUUUGCUCCCCUUGGCCUUCAGCAGGUGGGCCAGGAUGUGGUGGGACACCUGUCACUCAAGAUGGGUUUAAAAUUCUGCUCACAAAAAGGAGGCCAUGACAGGUGGGGCCAGAAGUGGGAGGUCAGAAUCAAUAGAUCUGGGCUGGUGCUGUGGCUUAAUGGAUAAAAGCUGCUGCCUGAGGUGCCGGCAUCCCCUGUGGGCGCCAGUUCAAGUCCUGGCUGCCCCACGUCCAAUCCAGCUCUCUGCUGUGGCCUGGGAAAGCAGUAGAAGAUGGCCCAAGAGUUUGGGCCCCUGCAUCCAUCUGGGAGACCCAGAAGAAGCUCCUGGCUCCUGGCUCCUGGCUCCUGGCCCCUGGCUCCUGGCUCCUGGCUCCUGGCUCCUGGCUGGAGAUCAGACAAGCUCCAGCUGUGAGGACCCAUUGGGAUGAAACCAGCAGAUGGAUACCUCUCUCUCUCCUUCUCUCUGUAACUCUGAUUUUUAAAUAAAUAUUUUUAAAAACGUGUGGCUUAUCAAACUCUAAGGUAAAAUCCCAGAUGACCGUGGGAAUCCACCCUCUGAGAGGACCACACAGAAGUGAAAGAAAGUGUGUGCAGGGUUUCUUCAGGCACGGGAAGUUCAAGGGUCAUCUGGAUUUCUCAAUGCACAACUAACGUAAACCCCACAACACGGCGGCUCUGGCGGACGGCAGCACCCGGUGUUCUGGAAGAGUGCGGAUGCCUGCCCGGCUUCCUCUGGUGGCUGGUUACUCUGCUUGUCCGUGUAGUGCAAGUCUGCGUUUCCCACAGAGUUCAGGGAGGUGGGUUUGAGAGAGCGCUGUGGAUUCUGCACCAGUGUUUCCAGUUAUGGGCUGGGACCCCACCCCACCACAGCGUAGCUGAGGGAGUAAAGCCAACACCUGCAGCGCCGGCAUCCCAUAUGACCACCAGUUCCAAUCUCGGUUGCCCCACUUCUGAUCCAGCUCCCUGCUAAUGCCCUGGGAAGGCAGCAGAGGAUGGCCCAAAUGCUUGGGGCCCUGCACCCACGUGGGAGACCCAAAAGAAGCUCCUGGCUUCAGCCUGGCCCAGCCAUCUGGGGAGUGAGCCAGAAGGUGGCAAAUCUCUGUUGCUGUCUCUCCUCUCUGUCCCUACCUCUCGAAUAAAUAAAUCAGAGUUUACAAAAAAUUUUUAAACACUCCUAGAAGGAAA